UCAUCUGCUAAAUGAGCAACAACGACCACAAUUCACUCCUUCAGUCAGUGAAGCUCCCACAGCCGUUCAUGAGAGUUUAAAUGCUGGAGAAUAUUCCCAUCUUCCCACAGGAGAAGAAGAAGCAAGCAGGAGGAAUUACUCCAGGAGAAACUACGGACAUACUAUUGUAAAGAUGGAGAUUAAGGAAGAACCCUGCAGAAUAAAAGAUGAAGAUACAGAGGAACAAAUAGACCUGAUGGAAGUGAAUAAAGACAAACAGCAUCAGUUUCAAAAACUGCAUUAUUUCACAAAUGAAGAUGGAAAUGCAGUCGUUUCAAAGACUGAAAAAAGUUUCAAACAAGCUGAAAAAUCUGGAGUCGAAGGAUCUUUAACCUGUUCUGAGUGUGGAAAGAGUUUCAUAUCUAAAUCAAAGCUGAACUCACACAUGAUGAUUCACACUGGAGAAAAGCCUUAUACAUGCACUCAGUGUGGAAAGACUUUCAUACUUAUAGGAAACCUAAAUGUGCACAUGAGAAUUCACACUGGAGAAAAACCGUUCAAAUGCUCUCAGUGUGGAAAGAGUUUCACUCAGAAAAGUCAUCUCAACACUCAUCUGCGCAGUCACUCUGGAUUGAGAUCAUUCAGCUGUGAUCAGUGUGAUAAAACAUUUGUUUUUGAAUCAGGCUUAAAAACACACCUUAAAACUCAUACUGGUGUGAAGCCUCACGUUUGUUUUUUUUGUGGAAAGAGAUUUUCAGAAGUGCAACAGUUAAAAGAGCAUGAGCGUAUUCAUACUGGUGUGAGACCUUAUGUGUGCUUUGACUGUGGAAAGAGCUUUAUUAUAUCCAGCCACUUAAAAUCACACCAGAGAAUUCACACUGGAGAGAAACCGUACAAGUGUUCACACUGUGGAAAGAGUUUCUCUCAGUCAGGAAGCCUGAAAAAUCAUGAGAGAGUUCAUACUGGAAAGAAGCCUAUUGACUAA